UCGGCAACUUUAUAAUUGGCAUUUAAAUUGUUGCCAUUGUGGGUUUAAGCUUUAACCCGACGGCAAGAUGAUGGCAGGCGAAGUCUUGAAUCUCCGGGAUCUGAACCCACAAGAUUUAGAUUGGCUGUGCAUCUAUAAUCAAGACGGAACAUACGAAGAAGAUGCAGCUUCAGAUUAUCUCUUUGAAGACAGCUGCUUGGAUUUAUCGAGCAUUACCGGCCUCCAUGACAGUAAGGAGGUCGGCACUGAUGUCGGUGGAUUGAAGCAGCAUCUCCGAGAGAACGGAGGCUUUGAUGUCGACGAUUACGACGAUGACGACGACGACGACGAUGACGACGACGACGACGAUGACAUUGAAGUUACCAUCGGCAACAUCCGCACCGGAACCAAAACCCGCAGCUCUGCUCACAGUGGCAAUCCCGUGAGCCUCAAUAUAAAGACCCAGACCCAGUCGUGUGUCAACACUGCUGCAGCCGGCAAGCAGAAGAAGGGGGUGGACAUGAAUGCCUUGGGGAACAUCAAUGGUGUCCCCGUCCUGGAUUUCAACCUCGACUCGCUGGAAGAGAAGCCGUGGAGGAAGCCAGGCACCGACCCAUCUGAUUUCUUCAACUUUGGUUUCACCGAGGAGACAUGGACCGCGUACUGCGAGAAGCAGAGGUGCCUGCGCAUGGGUCUCGACCAUGUCCCCGCCAAAAGCUGCGGCUUCAUGCGCGCAACGGCCCACUCGAAGCAGCUGAACAAUGGAGUCACUAACGAUGUGCAACACCGAAACGAGGUGCACUUUGAUGCAUCCAGGGCCAAAGCCAAGGCUGGCCUACUCUCAGAGAGCAGCAGCAGCACCAGCAGCAGCAGCAGGUACGGGGCGGUGGAUGAGAUGGUGCGAGUGGACGGAGGCCUGUGUGAGGACAGCGCGGUACAGGCCCACGCGCACGUGAUUCCAGAUGGGCUGCAGCAGAUCGUGCAGCAGUUGGAAUUCGAUGUGCACAAGAACGCGGCACAUUUCUUCCCUCCGAACAUAGCUCAUCAGCAGUCCUUCCCUACGCUGUCACCCACAUUCCUGCCACCCUCUCCUUUCACCGCGGAGGUUUUGCAGGCCAUGCAUCAAGCAGGGCACGCGGCUUUCACAGGUAUUUCCCCAUCCAAUUUAUUUGCUGUCCUCAAUGCCGCGGAAAGCUUUCCGAGCUAUGAUGGUGCGAUGGCUCACGCGUACGACUACAACGCCCUGGGGUUGAGCUACACGCCAAGCCCCGGGCAGACACCGCUGGGCUGGCCGUCGUUGCUCAGGAGAUCGGGCGCCGCUGCCGUUUGGGACCUCUACAUGCAGCAGUGUGCCCGCGACGUGGCCCUCGCUGGCCAGUUGAGCGGCGCCAUGCCCGCCACGUGCAGCAACGGAGCUCACGGAGGAGGACACGAGGCGCUCGUGGGGAGCUCGGCGGAGUUCGCCGGCGGCCGUGACCAAUGGGAGACGGCGCGUGGCCAGGACAGGCCGUGGGAGAAUCAGCGUCACGACCGGGACAACAGGGCAGACAGCUGCUGUCAACAGCUCCACAGUUGCAGCCGUCGGCAAGAAGGCGGCGGCAGUGAUGAGGUGACGGCCGCUGGGCACCGCAGGCACCGCAACCACCGGCUCCGGCACAGGGAGGAGCUGGCCGGCUCGGAGGAGCACAGCCUGUGCUGAGGCUGAGGGGCUGAAUGGCCACCACUCCCAUCUCACCCUCUCCACACACCGCACCUAUCGUACGCACCGCACCAACUUCACCCACUGCACACACCGCACCCAUCGUACGCCCCGCACCAACUUCACUCUCUCCACACACCGCAUCCAUCGUACGCACCGCACCAACUUCAUCCACUGCACACACCGCACCCAUCGUACGCCCCGCACCAACUUCACCCUCUCCACACACCGCACCCAUCGUACGCCCCGCAACAACUUCACCCACUGCACACACCGCACUCAUCGUACGCACCGCACCAACUUCACCCACUGCACACACCGCACCCAUCGUACGCACCGCACCAACUUCACCCACUGCACACACCGCACCCAUCGUACGCCCCGCACCAACUUCACCCACUGCACACACCGCACCCAUCGUACGCCCCGCACCAACUUCACCCACUGCACACACCGCACCCAUCGUACGCCCCGCACCAACUUCACCCACUGCACACACCGCACCCAUCGUACGCACCGCACCAACUUCACCCACUGCACACACCGCACCCAUCGUACGCACCGCACCAACUUCACCCACUGCACACACCGCACCCAUCGUACGCACCGCACCAACUUCACCCACUGCACACACCGCACCCAUCGUACGCACCGCACCAACUUCACCCACUGCACACACCGCACUCGCCGCACACACACCGCGGGGUGAUGCUCAACCAAGAUGACACAAUGGACGGUGCCCCCCACGUGGCCUGAGAGGGCACCUCUCGACCAGAGGUUGUCGGACCAAAGGUCAGAUUUGCCGCUCGCUGCAAGUUACCGGCAUCUUCCCACUGAAGGGCUGAAGUCAGAUUGUUUUAAGGGGUUGGUACAAAGCUUUAAAUGAAGCGGUUAAAGUACUGGGUUCUGUAAGAAAAAAAAAACAAAAAUAUUGAUGGUUGUAACUAUAUUUAUAUAUAUUUUUUGCGUGCCUUAUGAGGUUGACUUUUUUUGGCUGGCUGUAUUUUUCACGAGAAAGUUGGCAGGUCCGGAGGCACGCACGCGCGUGCGUGCGUCUGUUUAGUGUGAACAUUUUCCGCCUUUAAUGCCUUGUGGGAACCUGAGCCGUGAGCGAGGACCCAAAGCCGCAAUUAUUCUCAAAAACACAUCUUCAUGUGGAGAGCACCAUUGGUGGACUAUGUACACCCUGGCCCAGCGCGGGGUGUGUAUGGAACAACAUUUAUGCAUCCGUGCAUGCGUGCUAACACUCGGGGCGGACUUAUCGCUCGACCUUGCUGCGGGAACUGUAUUGUAUUUAUUUUUUAAUGGAGCGUGCUAAUUGUACGGUCUCAAACGUGAUUCUGGAUGUUAAAAUGUAAUCGUUGAAAUUUCGUAUAAUACAAAUGUUAC